AAAGAGAAGGCUGCGCCUUUAACCUGCUAGCCUGGACUGUGGCUUUCCUCAUCACCGCCUCAAACACUCACGUUUGUCUCUGAUGUUAAGAAUGAAUCUCGCCAUCUGUGUGCAGGUUGUCAUAUUCAUAAGCACAGUCACCCACACGUGGGCACAAAAAGAAGCAGUUGCAGAUGGCGGUGGCGGCAGCGGCGUCGGGGCUGAGUGCUUGGGAAACAUUUUGCGUAUCACCGUUCCUGGUCCGCUUUUAGCGGGGAAGCGUGUUGACUUGGCUUUUCGCAAUGGUACAGAUGUGGUCAGCGUGACCCCUGGCCUGGCCUCUCAGUGUGGAUACACCAACAGCUCCGACCCCUGGAGCAACAUGCUGCUCUACGUCUCUCUGCAACACUGCUUUGCUGAGCCCUUGAUGGGUAUUGACUGGCAGGCGGCACGCGUGACUCACCUGCACAUCCGAACGUCUGGCGGUUUCCCGCCCUCCCAGGAGGUGCUCCCCGUGUCCCCGAUCUGCCCCAUCCCACGGCGGGCCGCACGGGAAGUCCUCUGCACCCAGAACUUCAUGGAGGUCUCGCUGGAGCAUGACCUGAUGGCAGCCGGUGUGAGCGGUGCGAGCUCGUCUAAAGCGGGACCUGGGGGUGCGUCUCCGUUCCGCCUGAAGGAGGUGAUCUUCUACACCCCUCGAGAGCAGGUCUUCACCCCCGAGCAGCUCUACAUGAAUGACUACGCGCUGGACACCUCUCACUCACACCUGAUGAUCCGAGGACCCCUCAACGUCACCACCACCUACCAUCAAGAGGUUUCUGGCGUUCCCAUGGUGAUGAUGAGGGCCUCUGUGGUCUAUCAGCAGCGCUGGAUGAGGUCACUAGUCAACACGGAGGCGGCCUGUCCUACAGGGGGCGUGACCUUUAGUGCCAGCCACGUCACCUGGCACCUGCCUCGACACAUCCCGCCCAUGAUGUCACCGGGCGCCGUGGUAACGGAGGUGUGGGUGGGGCUGGAGGGCAAGCGUAUGGAGCAGGCGGCCAUGCAGACGCGCGGCUACUCGCUCCACACCACCCAGCAACACUACGUACUGGAGAUGCCCAUGCAGAGUCCUGAAGGAUACUUCAAGAGCCUGAUCCACAGGGGGCGCUACCACCUGACUUACUCUGUGGAGCCCAUGAUCGAGUUGCUGUGGACCGACUCUGGGGACGCCAUCCAGAACCAACACAAGGACUCCGGGGACGCCACCCACAAGGAGUCCGGGGACGCGACCCAGACCAGAUAUAAGGUCCUUUUCCCGAUCACCUCCCCACCCCUGCCUCGUCCACCACAGACAACUGUUGAUGUUGAUCAAGCGACGAGCAUGUUUAACGUAGCCGUGGGGCCUUUCCUGCACGAUGUGGACCUGCUAAAGAUCCGGACUAGCUCUGGGGAGAUGAGCGUGGCGGAGGCCAUUGCUAGCGGCUUCGACAUCCAACAGCUUGCCAUCGGGAACGGCGCCAAAGUGUUUGUUCUACGCAUUCCCCUUUCCCACCCCGUGGCGGUUAAAACGACCCCCAAUGUGAAGACGGAGGCGUACGCUGCCCAGCUGGAGCUGGUGCUGGUCAUCCUCCCCGAGGGCGUGACCUUUACUCUCCCAGUCGCCCUGGAAGCUGCUGUGGAGGACACGGACAUGGCCACGGUGAGCGGGUCAUGUGACCAGCGUCAGUUCCACGUCACCGUGCGGUACGGCAGCAAGGGUUCCAACAUCGAGACGGUGAUCGGCCGCCGCGUCAUGACUGAUCAGCUGGCUAAGGAAUACGGCCUCCGCAAGAACGCCACGCACUUCAACCUCGUCAUACCCUUCGACUCUGCUGAUGUGGCCAAUGAGGCGGUGACUUCUGGGUCUGUGAGGGCCAGGCUUGAUGUGAGUCUGAGGAACCCCGAUGUGGGAAUGGACAUCACCCACUUCUCUACAGCCUGCACCUUUCCGGCCCACACUAUUGAGUGUGACUCCAAUGGCAACAUCGCUGCGUUGGCCAUGAAGCUGGACUCAGUGGCGAGCCUCAACCCGACCCAGCUGACGCUCAACGACCCCUCGUGCGGCCCGGUGUACAGCGACGAGCGCCUCGCUUUCUUCUACUUCACUGCGGACACCUGCGGAACCACCAGACAGUUUGAAGAUGGAAUGAUGGUCUACGAGAACAUUGCCACCGUGAAAAACGCCCAAAAUGACAAAGCAGCCGCGACGCAAUCUGACAAGACGACAUCUGAGCCUAAAUAUCGGUUCAAGUUCUCCUGUGUCUACAUGGUGAACAGCAGCAGGACGUUGGCCUUCUCCACCGCAGCGCAGCAGUCUAAUGUCCCCAUGUCCAGCUCCAGCGUAGGAGAACUCCGGGUCCAAAUCAGACUCGCUAAAGACGUGAGCUACAGUGAUUUCUACAGCGAGGGCGAGUACCCCGUGGUGCGCCAUCUGAGCCAGCCACUGUACUUUGAGGUGGAGCUGCUGCAAUUCCAGAACCCCGACGUGGAGCUGGUCGUCAAGGACUGCUGGGCAACGCUGAGCGGCGAGCACAAAUCUCAACCACGAUGGGACCUGCUGGUGGAUGGCUGUCCGAACCCUGAGGACCCAGAGCAUGUGGUUUUCCACCCUGUAAGGCCGGACAACAGGGUGAUGUUCCCCUCCCUCUUCAAGAGGUUCCAGGCCAAGAUGUUCUCCUUCGCCAAACACGAGGACGAUCCCACAGGACAGGUGCUGUUCCACUGUAACGUGGUCAUCUGUGAUCGGGGAGCCCAGCAGAGCGGAGUGUGUGGUGGACCAUGCGCUGGCCUGCAGAUGAGCACACAGGCUGGGAAAAGGGGUUCUCGUGCUGCUCCUGAGCGCCAGGUGAUGGAUGUUGUCUCUGGGUUGAUCAUUUUGCUCUGACAUUAAAAACAAUAAUAAACUUUGUUUUUAAUCUCACAA